AUGGUUCUCGAGGCGGUGAUGGUUGUCGUGGACAACAGCGAGUUCAGUAGAAAUGGAGAUUACCCGCCCACCAGGUUCGACGCGCAAGUCGACGCCGUCAACGUCGUCUUCCAGAGCAUCACGCAAGGCAACCCAGAGUCGUCGGUCGGCCUGAUGAGCAUGGCCGGCAAGGGCCCCGAGGUGCUCGUCACCCUGACUACGGAGCAGGGCAAGAUCUUGGAGGGCCUCCACCGGACGAAGAAGAAGAUUGGUGGCUCGUCGCAACUCAAGACUGGCAUUCAAAUCGCCACGGUGAGCUCCCGCCCUUCGGUGGGGACCUUGACGAGGUUGCUAACGGACAGCCGUCAGCUCGCACUGAAGCAUCGACAAAACCGGUCCCAGAGACAGCGAAUAAUAGUCUUCGUGUGCUCGACAAUCGAAGAGAACGAAAAGGAGCUCACGCAGCUCGCCAAGAAGAUGAAGAAGGGCAACAUUUCCGUCGACUUCAUCCUCUUUGGCGACCAGGAUGACGAAGACUCGCUCAAGAAGCUGCAGGCAUUCAACGAGGCCGUCAAGGGUAGCGAAGGCUCGCACCUCGUGGUCAUCCCCCCCAGCAGCAAACUCCUCAGCGAUCAGCUCAUCUCCACGCCGAUUCUUCAGGGCGAAAACGCGACGGGACCGGGCGCCGACGACGGCAUGGGUGGCACCAACGAGGAGUUUGAGUUUGGUUUCGACCCCGCCAUGGAGCCGGAGCUGGCCCUCGCGCUGCGGAUGAGCAUGGAGGAGGAAAAGGCCCGGCAGGAGAAGCGGGCACGAGAGGAGGAGGAGGAGGCGAAGAAGGCGUCUCUGGAGGGCAUCAAGGAGGACGACGAAGCCGGACAGGCCAGCGGCAGCGGGGCGCAGGACGGAGACAAAGCCAACGAGGGUGGCGACAAGAUGGACACGUCGUGA